AGGCAUUGAUCACCUUCCCGUUGCCAACACCGGGGAUCACCACCGACAUACACAAACACACGCAUACGUUCACACAGAGGCAAAAACCAGAGACAAGAUCUAAGAAAGAAGAAGAUGGGAGGCCCUAAUGACCAAGCGUCUCAAAUUGCCAGUGUCUUAGGCAAUAUUGAGCAGCUUAAUGGAAGCAACUAUGCUUCAUGGAAGGAGAAGCUGGAGAUCACUCUAACUCUGCUGGAUAUUGAUUAUGCCCUCCAUAAGGAUCCUCCGGUUGAGCCUAAACCAGAGGAUGAAAAUUAUGAAGUCCUGAAAAAGGAAUAUGAUGAAGAAAGGGCAAAAUGGAGCAUUUCAAAUCGAAAAUGCCUUAUGAUCAUUAGAAGCUCCAUUAUUGAUGCAAUAAGAGGAGCAAUUUCUAAUACUCAGUCUGCCAGGGAUUAUCUUACUAAGAUUGAGGAGCAAUUCAAAGGCUCCUCUAAAGCUUAUGCCACCACCCUCAUCAAAAAGUUGGUGGGUGAAAAAUAUGAUGCUACUGGCAGUCUAAGGGAGCAUAUUAUGAAGAAAUGUCACAUGACUUCCAAGCUUAAGUCAAUGGAGAUGGAAAUCUCUGAUGGUUUUCUUGUCCAUUUCAUUAUGUCAUCACUGCCCCAGGAGUUCUCUCCAUUUGUGAUCAACUACAACUCUAUGAAAAUAAAGUGGGGGAUUGAUGAGUUAAUUGCCAUGUGCGUGCAAGAAGAAGAAAGGCUUAAGGCAGAAAUGAUUGAUCAUGCUAAUCAAUUCAAGCAUUCUGAAAAGAAAAGGUAUAAGAAAUUUAAGAAGGAAUACUUGAAGCCUAAGCCUAGUCAAUUCAAAAAAAAGGGGCAAUCUUCUAAGCAAGGCCAGCAGAACAAGCCAGCAAGUGGCUCCAGUGCAGAGGAAAAGAUCCCGAAGGAUGCCACUUUUGUGGAAAAAGUGGACACCAUCAGAGGGACUGCAUUGGUUUUAUGAGAUGGCUCAAUAAGAAAGGUACUGAUGUUAUAACUUUUGUUGAUGAAUCCCUUUAUAUUGAUUAUGCCACCGACUCUUGGUGGAUUGACUUAGGUGCAACAAUUCACGUUGCAAACUCUUUACAGGGAUUCGCUACGAGGAGGACCCUAAGAAGAGGGGAAAGAAGAAUUAGAGUUG